UAACCUUACAAUUUACAAUGUCAAUAUGAUAUUUUACAUUACUUUUACAAGUAUAAUAUUAUUUUCAUUUUAUUUUUCAUUUAUUAACUGUGCUAAUGAUCAAUGUUCUUUAACACAUAACUCUAACUGCGAUGAAACAUACGACAAUAAGUAUUCUAGGGGUAAACAAGCGAAUGAUAUUUUUUCAAUAUACUUGAGGAAGUACGAAGAAGCAAAUCAAGCGUAUUAUCCUAGUAAUGCGACAGGAUGUAAAUUUUAUGUACAUGUUGUUGACGAAGAUCUCAAACCGUUCAGUGAUGGAAUUACACAGCAAAUGAUCGAGGGAAUUAAGACAAGAGGCACAAAAUACCAGAUCAUUAAUGGUCGUCUGUAUAGAGACAAGGAUUGUAUGUUUCCCUCACGGUGCUCUGGAAUCGAGUACUUUUUACGCAAACUGGUCAGCAAGUUGCCAGAUCUCGAAUGUGUUAUAAAUACAAGGGAUUGGCCUCAAAUAUACAAAGGGCAUGGCGUGUUUGGUCCAAUAUUUUCUUUCAGUAAGACGAAGGAUUAUAAUGAUAUUAUGUAUCCGGUUUGGGCUUUUUGGGAGGGAGGCCCUGCUAUCAGUCUGUACCCGGGGGGUAUAGGGAAAUGGAAUGAUCAUCGUCUUUUAAUCGCCACAGUUGCUAAUUCUACUUCCUGGAAUGACAAGCUGAAUGUGGCCUUCUUUCGUGGGUCUAGGACGAGUUCAGAACGAGAUCCUUUGGUAUUACUUUCACGAGAAAAUCCUGAAUUAGUCGACGCUCAAUAUACCAAAAACCAAGCUUGGAAAUCGGAUGCUGAUACUUUACAUGCGCCACCUGCAGCCGAAGUAUCUUUUAACGACCACUGCAAAUACAAGUAUUUAUUUAAUUUCAGAGGAGUUACUGCAAGUUUUCGUUUUAAGCAUAUUCUACUCUGCAAGUCCCUCGUUUUUCAUGUUGGUGACGAAUGGCUUGAGUUUUUCUAUGGAAGCUUAAAGCCUUGGGUACAUUACAUUCCUGUUGAAGCAAAUGCGAAUAAAGAGACUAUGAGAUUACUUAUAAAGUUUGUUCAGGAGAAUGACGAUAUUGCUAGAUCGAUAGCAGAAAACGGAUUUAAUUUUAUUUGGAACCACUUGACAAUUAAAGAUGUUAUUUGUUAUUGGCGGAAUUUACUAAGAAAGUAUGCUAAGCUAUUGAAAUAUAAACCGAAAUUAGACAAAAAUUUAAUCGAGAUUAUAUAAAGCAUGUUCCUAGACUCUGUUCAAACCUCCAGGUACAGUACAAUAUACAUACAUUCCUUAUUAUAUUAUAUAUUUCUCCAAUAAUCCUAGCCUUGUUUUUUAAGCACCAUAGCGGUUUGAACAGAGUACAGUGAUAUUUAAUUGUGGUACUUAGGAUUUAACUGUGUAACAAUCAGUGAUGUGCUGACAAUAAUUUUUGUGUAGCUUUAGACAAUAAAUCAGAUCU